AGUUUCAAACGGAAGAACAAAUAACAAGCCCACAAAACGCAUAUCAAAAAUAAAUACUUAAAAUGGCCGUUAAGAUGAUCAUUUUCGCCGCCUGCGUGGCCACCACACUCGCUCAAUACGCCGCCCCAGCAUACCCAGCACAACACGCUUACGCUCAAGCUGAACACGCGUACGCCCCAACCCCGUACAACUUCGAAUACAGCGUAAACGACCCACACACCUAUGAUGUCAAGAGUCAAUCCGAAUACAGCGACGGAAACGGUUACGUCAAGGGAUCUUACAGCCUUUUGGAAGCCGACGGUUCCACCCGCGUCGUCGAAUACACCGCCGAUGACCACAGUGGUUUCAACGCUGAAGUCAAGAAAAUCGAAGGACACAGCCAAGGUUACAAGGCCCCUUACAGUGCACCUGCUCCAGCUUACAAGCCAGCUUACUCUGCACCAGCAUACUCUGCACCUGCAUACUCAGCGCCAGCCUACCCCGCUCCAGCCUAUAAGCCAGCAUACUAAUUUGCUUAGUCGUGCAUGCCAUUUUCCUUAGUCUUUUUAAAUGUCUUCGUUCAAUUUUCAAUUAUAUAGUGUUCACAUUGAACCUUGGUUGAAAACUUAAAAAUGACCACCAUAUUGUCAUAUUUAUAAUAUGUAAAAUACCUAUGACUAAUGUGUUUAUUGUGUAAAUAUAAGUAAACAAUUUUGUAUUAAUUAUUGCA